UGCUCACUUGACCAUCACCUUUUUCUGUUAUCAAACAAAAAGAACCCACCACCCAACCUCCCAUAGAUUUCCCCUAAAACCUGCCUCCUCCAUUUCUUCAUGUUUCUGCUACUCCACCUUUGCCUUUGAAAAUGGUUCAAAGAAAGGCUCCUAACAAGCUUGGUAUCAAACCAUAUCAUCUUAAACCAGAUACCCAUUUGGUUAACCUCAGACCAUCAUCUCCACAAACCCAUGACCUCAAGAAGAUCAUGAAGAAGUCGAGGUCGAUCAAACGGCCCGAUGAAUCGGCCAACUUACGAUCCUCGAGAAGGAAGCGAUCACAGCCGUUGGUUGAACAUGGAGGAGCAGCAGUAGCAACUUCACAGAAGCAAUCACCAAACUACAUGAAGUCCACCAGCAGUUUUGAGGCAAGAAAAGAGCGUUCGCCGUCGAUAAACAAGAAUCAGAGUCCGAAGGCUGAAAAUAAGUCGAAAAUAGAGGUUUUAGCUUCUGGAAAUAAAGGAUCAAGAACGUCCAGUUUGAAGCUAGUGAGGACGUUAACAAAGAGUCCUAGUUUCAAACCAUUGAGGUCUUCGAAGAAGUGUUCUUCUUCCGUGAUUUUAUGUGAAGAUUUAGAUGCUCAGAGAGCAACAUGUUCUUCGACUCUAAAAGACUCCAAGUUUCCGGAUAGCCUUGAACUGAGUCCAGGAGGGACCGAGUUAGAUGGGACUUCUGCGAUGAAGGUAUGCCCKUAUACUUACUGUUCACUCAACGGUCAUCACCACSCUCCCUUGCCGCCGUUGAGRUGUUUCUUGGCGGCAAGGAGACGUGCUUUGAAGACACASAAGAGUUUYAAGCUCGGGUGUUUAUCUCCACGUCACACAAAGCCUGUUGUAAAGAAAACAGAGGAAAUCAUUACCGGGCCGGUAGAGGAAGCUCCAGAAGAAGUGGGUAUGAAGGGCACACCUGUAAAUCCUUUAAUGGAAGAAGAAGGUAAAGAUUUCUUUAUUGAAAUCUACAGCAAAGGCAGCCAGGAUUUUGAAAGUUCAGAUAUAGAUUGGGAGGAUGGGUACGGUUCUGCUUCUUGUCUUAAUGAUGAUGAUGUUUGUGAARAGAAAAUUCAGAAGACAGGUGUCGAGCUUCAAGACUCGUAUGACGAACAAAGUGUGAGCUCGGGAGGUUGGUCAGAGGAGAAUGGUGAUUCUGAAUCGGACAGUUCGUAUCAGCAAACAAAGAUCAACAACCAAAUCGAAGAUCAAGAUUUUAUGAACUAUGAUGCAUUUGGGUUGUCAUCAACAACUGAUAAAGUGGAUUUUGAUGAUAAAAUGGAUGAGGAUAAGAUCACAAGAAUCAUUGAAGCAAAAAAAGAUGAACUUCAAGGCUUUACGACCAGAGAUCAUGAUGUCAAAUGCAGCAUCAAUUAUAACCAAGAAAAAGCUUCUCAAGAGUCAGAAACUGCCCCAGAUUUUGCAGAGAACUCUCGGGGCGGAACUGAAAAGCGUCACACCAAGAUAAUCUACAACAUCAUACAAUUUAACAUCUCUAUUUAUAUCAAUGGAGAAAAAACAGAGCAUUCAGAGACAGAUAAAGGUGCCACUGUACAAGUACCUGCAACUGCUGUUGCUGCUGAUAAGAUGAAAACAGAGGAAGUCCAUGAAGCUAUGGUUGGAACUCAAGCUUCUCACCUGACAGAAGAACAGGGCAUAAGUWGUCAAAAUGAUGAUGCCAACAACCUUACUAGUUUUCAAGAAGCUAGAGAGGUGAAUCAAAUGAUCACCAAUGAAGAACUUCCCUUUGAUGCUCAAGAAAUCGUUGAGCAYGAGCAAUUGAAAGCCAGUUACUUCACCAAAAAGUGGGAUGAUCCUGAAAACAAUAAACAUUCAGAGAGUUUGGGACUUGGGGUCACGGAAGAACGCGAGGAUGUUGUCGAAGAAAUGGAUGAAGAACAUGAAAGCAGACCGGAAGAAAAGCAAACACAUUUCACAGGAGAAAUAACAUCCAUGGAUGCAACAAAUUCUUCUCUUUUAAAGAAACGAGCUUCAGGUGAGGAGCAGCCAGAUCCCUCCAUA